AUGGAUGAUAAUAUGCAACAUAACCUAUUUCGUGGUGGACUUUUCCAACAUAUUAGAAGUGAACAUGACGAUGUUACCUACCGUGAUUGCAAGAGUUUGGUCAAUAGCAGGAAAAAGAUGGCAUCUUUGAUCAACAGAAGAAUUUUCCUUCUACGCUGCAGAACAGAAGACAUAUUCCCUAAACAUAUCGUAAACAACAUAAAACAAAUAUUUUCUUUACAAGUUGAAACACACCCGUAUAAUAGACUAGUAGACAGAACCCUACACAAAUUUAGAAAAUCAUUACUGAACAUUGAGAUAAAGAUAACAAUUUGGAAGAUUCAAAAAACCGAGAACAACAUCCAACGAUUAAACAACCUCUUGCAACAAAGACUGACAGACGAAAACUUCAGAGAAUUAACCCAUUUUGCCAACAGAGUAGAGAGCAGUCUUGUGAACAGGAUCAGGACCGCAAACUCAAAAAAACUAGUGGAGCUAGAACGAGAACAAAAACCCGUUAUACCUAUAGAUUGUAGCGAUAAAUACGUAAAGAACUACACAAAUCUUGACAUACCUGGUGAAGUGAAGUCAGUAAUAGGAUUGGGUUCAAAACACGGAAUAGUACCAUGCAGACUUCCGAUGGUGGAUGUUGUAAAGGACAUAGAGAGUUGCAUAUCAAGCGCACCCAUAACAGAAGAAGAAAAGAACCUAUGCAGAGUUGAAUGUACUGGUGCUGUGAACAAUUAUUUGAAAAGACAUGACAAAGUAGACAAAUUCAGAUUUCCAUACAAGAAAUACCUCAGGUGUACCAAUGAGUUCAUACAAAAUAAUCCUGAAAUCAUAAUAACUGAAUCUGACAAAGGCAACUGUACAGUGGUUAUGUUCAAGGAAGAAUACAUUAGAGGAGUCACAGGACUUCUCGAGGAUGAAGAAACAUAUAAACCUCUAAACAAGGACCCCACAAAGAAGAUACAAGACAAAGUAAAUAACAAGUUGAAAGAAAUGAGGACAGCUGGAUUAAUAAAUGAGAUCGAAUACAGAACGUUAAUCAGACACAACAGUGUAAUACCUAAAUUGUACUGUCUGAGAAAAACUCACAAAGAUACAUUGAGUUUGAGACCAAUCGUAAGUAACAUCAAUGCACCCACAUACAACCUGGGAAAGCUUAUGCAUGACAUUCUAUCCAAAGUUUUAUCAACAUCACCAUAUAAUGUUAAAAAUUCCAUUCAGGCAAAGGAGAUUAUAAAAAAUAUCGUGGUACCAAAAGGCUAUAUUCUUAUAUCACUGGAUGUGGUUUCCCUGUUUACAAAUAUUUCCAAGGACCUGGUAAUCAGAGUUGCACACAAAAGAUGGAACUAUAUCAAGAAUUUUACUACCCUGGACAAAGCUACCUUCAUAUCACUGAUUGAAUUAUGUUUUGAAGGAGGAUAUUUUAGUUUCAAUAACAAAUUUUACCAACAAUUAAAUGGAACUGCAAUGGGAGCACCUGCCAGCACCUCCUUUGCAAAUUUGGUGAUGAAUGACCUGUUUGACUUUGUUUGCGAUAGAUUAACUUUUCGCAUUCUUUUAAUGUUACUUUAUGUGGACGACACUCUGAUGUUGAUUCCCUUGGAGAUGAGACAAACCAUAUUUGACCUGUUCAACUCAUACCACCCUAGUAUAAAGUUCACUAUAGAAGAUGAAAAUGAAAACAAAAUUCCUUUCUUAGACCUUUUAAUAACCAGAGAAGAGACCAAUUUGACGACCUGUUGGUACACGAAAACUAUAAAUUCAAAUAGGAUUAUAAACUACUACAGCAACCAUAGUAACACCCAAAAAGUCAACACUGCAAUCAGCCUGAUGUACAGAGCAUUGUCAUUAAGUGACAGCAAAUUUAGAGAAGAGACUACACAGAAAGUUUGCAAAAUUUAA